AUGGCACCUUCAUCAUCCAAAGCCACUGCAAAGGAAAGCCCCGAGAAGAAACCCCUGAUCGGAGAGGCGCCACCAUACAAACCCCCAACAAAGGGCUUCCUGUCCAUCCUGCCGGCGUCAUGGGUCCCCUACGCCGAGCUCACGCGCAUCCACCAGCCGCACGGCAUCUACAUGAUCUACUUCCCGCACCUCGUCGGCCUCGCCUACGCCGCCUCCGUCCAGCAGGCUGACCUGGCAAUGCCCCCCUCCGAGCUGGCCUACCGCGCCGCCGUCAUGCUCGGCUGGACCGUGUUCUGGCGGAGCGGCAUCUGCGUGUGGAACGACAACAUCGACCAGGACUUUGACCGCAAGACGGCGCGGUGCCGGAACCGGCCCAUCGCGCGCGGCGCCAUCUCGACGGCCCAGGGCCACGUCUUUGCCCUCGUCCUGAACCUCAUCGCCUUCGCCUGGCUGCGUCUGCUGCCUCGGGAGUGCACGCUGGUCGCGCUCGGCUCGACGGUGCUCGGCAUGAUCUACCCGUUCGGCAAGCGAUUCACCUACUACCCGCAGGUCAUCCUCGGCUCGACCCUCGGGUCGACCGUCGCCCUGUCCGCCUACUCCGUCGGCCUGCCGGCCGUCUCCCCGCCGUACCUCGGCACGACGGCGUGCCUCGCGGCCGCGGUCCUGCUGCUCGUCGUCUUCUACGACACCGUCUACGCCCGCCAGGACACCGCCGACGACCUCAAGUCGGGCGUCAAGGGCAUGGCGGUGCGCUUCAGGGACCACAUCGAGGGCCUCCUCGCCGUCCUCGCCGUCUCCAUCGCGGCGCUGCUGACCACCGCCGGCGUCCUGAUGGAGGCGCAGCAGUACUACUACGUGUUUUCCGUCGGCGGGCUCACCAUGGGCCUCAUCUCGCUGGUGGCCCUCACGCAUUGGGAUCUUCUGCCCAGCUGGGCCGGCUCCUCGGGUUGGUGCUACGCUCUCGCCAUCGCCAACCUCAUCGGCGGCAUGGCCUCGCAAUACGUUCUCAAAGGCGCUGCUUGA